AUGACCUUUGGAUCAUCUGUGGUGAACAAUACUAGCAAAGAUCAAAAGAACGGUAAUCCGCUUGAGGAAAAUAAACAAAAGAUGGUUCACCGAAGGCUAAUUGUUUCAACUGCCAUACUGAUGGUUGGAUUGUCCGCCAUUUUGUUGUGCCUUCGCAGCGGCAGUGCUUCUGAGACAAGAACAACAAUGAAGCAUAAUCCACCAUUGGAAGCUGAUGCCACGACUCGCAGCAACCACAAUCCUUCCUUGCGGACACUUCGUCAAGAGAAUCGGCGGUUGCUGGUAGAAGUGGUAGAAGAAAUGGAAGGUGCAGAAGAUGAUGAAUUGAUAGAAGAAUUAGAACAAGCCGAAGAAGAGUUUGGAGAAUUUGGAGAAGAUGAAAGUAUGGAACCUAGUACGGGACCCAGCAUCAUGCCGAGUACGGAGCCCAGCAUGGUGCCGAGUAUGGUGCCAAGCAUCAUUCCUAGUCAAGAACCUACCUUUGAUCCGGAAGAAAGGCGCUGUGACUUGGUCAUUGAUAUCUUCAAUCAUCGGGACGAAUGGAUGAGCGACCACACUCGGAAUGCUCGACACAACAUUCAGGCCCGAUCCAUUGAUAGCUUUUUGGAAUCCAACAUUCACUUGUUUUGGUACGAUUUUGUACAUACCUACAAUAUCACUGAACGCACUUUGGACAUGGUGGCAGAACAACGACUACGCAUUGGAGAUUUAUAUCUGGGGGGUCAGGAAAAUUCCAAACUCUUGUGGACGUGGGUCAACGGAGAUCAGCACUUUACCAACUUUGAAUCGGGCGACAAUCGUCGUGGAAAUAUCGUCUUCGGACCAGCACGCUACGAGGAGACGGCCAUCUUUGACUUCCAGAUUGAUGUCCUGCGCAUGUGUUUGACCGCCUAUCAUGUGGCCUUGACCAAACAAAGCAUGGACGAACGAAAUGCUCUCAAGACAGUGACAAACAGUUUUUUGUCGUCUUAUGUCAAGGCAGUACGGGAGUACAGCGCGAAUCCAGAUGCGGCGACUGGUUUUCAUUUGGUCAAUGACACAUCAUCGGAUGGUCUCAGGGAUUAUCUCAACGACAUUUUUGAGAAAAAGAACUUGGGAAGUCACUUGGACGAGUUUACCAAAUUGGUGGGAGAAGAACGUCAAUUUCUAAAGGGAUCUGGAGGCAAGGGUGACACCAGUAUCGAUGGAGUCGACCAUUCGACCAUUGAUUAUCACAAAUCCACCUUGUUGGCGGAAGUUUCGAAAGCCAGAAAGGAAGAAAUUGAAAACGUCUUCUCCGAAGAGCAUUAUGGAGCCAGCAUGAUGAAACUGGGAUGGAAGAUCAAGCCAUGGAAUGAAACCGACGUUCGCGUCAUGGACAUCGCUGCUCGUUACGUCGAGCAGGACGUCAAAUACAUUGGGUUGGAACGGUAUUACGUGUUUUUGGAUACCUACAGUGAAGACGGCGAGCCAGUCAUUUUGGAUCUAAUCGAACAACCUCCUACCCCACCGAUUUGGAAGACGCAAAACCUGUUGUCCAAAGAAGAGGAGGCAUGGUAUGGAAACUUGUUCCGGCAUUCUGGAGACCGGGUCGUUCGAGGAGAACGAGAAACUACGACCUACACGGAUCCCUAUCUGGGAUGGGUCCUCUUGGAUGACGGUCUUGGCGGCACAAAGCCAUUUUCUGUCCGGCGGCAUUCCCCCUGGAAAUCAUCAGCGAACGUCUUGACUGUUGCCGACAGUAAAAACUUUGCAAGAUCCUUGGGAGAUUUGGCAAAGCUUAUUGCGGCAAACCAUGUCCGUGGGUCCAUUGCCAAGGCUCCUGCACACUUCCAUACUGUCGUGGGGACGUAUUUUAAUGAAAAAUCUGGUAUAUACAACGACUGGAGCCAAAUGCUUUCCACUGUAACCGAAGAAAUGUACGGGCAGUACUUGGCGGAUCAUAGUUGCUUUCAAGAACACAUUGCAAGGCGGCAACGACAACUUAGACAGCGCAAAUUGGAUGAAGAUACUGUGGACGAAAACGCAGAGGCGACUGGUGCAGUAUCAGCGGAGGGGACGGCUCCUCCAACAUCUGCUCCCACUUCUGCUCCCACUUCUGCUCCCACUUCUAUGCCUACAUCAAUGCCUACACAUGGCCCAACUGGUGAUCCUACUUCUGGUCCUACAAGUGGACCCACAUCUGGCCCCACCUCUGCUCCGACUGGACACCCCCUCGUCGGAAUUGACGAAGGUGGCGAACGUGACGACUGGGUGGCGAUGCAGUUUGACAAGCGCGAUUACUGGAUGUCAACAGAAGCCCGAACGGAACGAUACGCAGUACAAGGCGAAGACGUCUGGAGUUUCUUCCGAUCGUCUAAUCACUUGUAUCUCAGAGACUUUGUGCGAGAAAAUUUGGCCUAUCGACUCUUAGAAAAUGUCAAAAAGGAUGCCCACUUGCUGGACAAUGUGACGAUUACAUCUCGGUCCACCUGGACUUGGGUCAGUGGAGAUCAGCAUUUGGAAAACUUUGGUAUUUAUCAGAAUCAUCAAGGCGACGUUGUGUUUGGCAUGAAUGAUUUUGAUGAAGGCGCCAUCUAUGACUUUCAAGUGGAUGUUCUUCGAUUGAUGGUAUCGGCAUGGGUGAAAGCAAGGAUGGAGUAUGGAAUCUCGGAUGACGAAAUCAAAACCAGCUUGCUUCCCCAGUUUUCCAAGGCGUAUAUUGACAUUAUCUUGAAGUUUUACGGGGAUCCCAACUUGAUUCUGGCGUACAAGACAGACGAUCGGCAAACCAUGGGGAAAGUGCAAGAUCUCAUCAAGGAUGUCAAAUCCAAAGCCAGUGUCGAAAAGCAGAUUGAACGGUUUACUGACAUCAGCACAAGGAAAGAAAUGUAUGGGAUUCAAUUCCUCAAGGGUACCGUCGAAGAACCUGAUGAUGAUACCAAACUUGCCCCUGUUUCCGAAUCACGGUACCGGGACAUUCGAGAGAUCUUUGAUGCACUGAAUUAUGGAUCGACGAUGGCGCAUGUGGGCUGGAAGCAACCAACAUGGGUCGAAGAUGAUCAUUUCUACACUGUUGUGGAUGUUGCGCUACGAAUUUCGGGAACCGCGUCCUAUGGCGUUGAUCGGUACUACGUCUUGGUGCAAGAUUCCGACUCGGACGAAUUCAUUAUUUUGGAUGUCAAGCAGCAAACGACACCCUCCAUUCGUUUCGUGUUAGAAGAGGCUGAUUUGGCCUGGUAUGAGGCCAUGUUUACCAAUGAGGCCGUGCGAGUGAUCACUGCCGAACGUCAAAUGACUUCCUUCUCUGAUCCGUUUUUAGGUUGGGUGUAUUUGAGCGACUCCAAGGGCAACGUAAGCCCCUAUUCGGUCCGCCGCCGGUCUGCUUUCAAGAAGAAGCCAAAGUUUUUGGAAAAGAAGCUGAACACUGCCACCUUUGGAGAGAUCCUGGUCCAAUGUGCCCAAGUCAUGGCGGCUGGUCACGUGCGGGGAUCCGUGGCCAAGGUACCCGGGGAUUUCAAGACAGUCAUUUACUCCAUUUUCUAUGAUGAUGACCGGAACGUAAAAGACAACAAGCUUGCAACAUGGACGACAAGCCUCAUUGAAGCAGCGGAAUCCAUGGUAGAGCAACUGGACUUGGACUACGAGAGCUUUCAGAAGUACGUCUCUGAAAAGUUUAGCUAG